GCGCCAUGAUGGUCUAGUUGUCGGCUGGGAGGGUGCAAAGCGCCUGCUGCUGUUUUCCUUCUAGUCCUGGAACCAGAUGUCUGGCCCACAGUUCCUGCAGACCCCUGGGACUCAAGCCCUGGACUCCAGUCUAGCAGGGCCUCUGGCCUUGGCACAGUGAAUGACUUUGAAAGAAGUCUCUGCUCGCCUGGUGAAAGCUGGGUUCCUUGCCUGGGAGGCAUGCAGGACCCUGUAUCAUUCCUGCACAGUCUGUAGAAAGUGUGGGGCAGGAACCCAAGGCAUCUCUGUCACGGCUCUGGUGUGGAGAAACUCAGAGCCCACGUCCGUGGAGAGACAGAAGAGGAAGAGAAGAGGAAAAGAACAGAGUGGGAAGAGAAAGGAGAAGGGAAGAGAACCCCUGAAAAAAAAAAGCCCCAGAGACUUUCUCUGCAGAGAAGCGCUGCGCCCCGCUCACCUGCAGAAGCACCUCGGAAGCGCCCCCUAACAUGCGACUGCCGCUGCUGCUCGUGUCCGUGGGCGUCCUGCUGGUGGCUCUGCUGCCCUCCCCGCCAUGCAGGGCCCUCCUCAGCCGGGGGCCCAUCCCGGGUGCCCGGCAGGCAUCGCAGCACCCCCAGCCCCUGAGUUUCUUCCAGCCGCCGCCGCAGCCCCAGGAACCCCAGGCUCUGCCCACCCUACUCCGUGUUGGGGAGGAAUACUUCCUCCGCCUGGGUAACCUCGAUGAGACCCGGGCUGCUCCGCUCUCUCCUGCCGCCUCGCCUCUCGCCAGCAGAAGCAGCAGUCGCCUUUCUCCGGACAAGGUGGCCGCCAACUUUUUCCGAGCGCUGCUGCAGCCCCGGCGCCCAUUCGACAGCCCAGCGGGUCCCGCGGAACGCGGCACGGAGAACGCCCUCGGCAGCCGCCAGGAGGCGCCAGCCGCCAGGAAGAGGCGAUCCCAGGAACCUCCCAUCUCCCUGGAUCUCACCUUCCACCUCCUCCGAGAAGUCUUGGAAAUGACCAAGGCCGAUCAGUUAGCACAGCAAGCUCAUAACAACAGGAAACUGUUGGACAUUGCUGGGAAAUGAAACGGUGCGUUUGGCUAAAAAGAUUCUGUAUUUAGCACAAAAGUGAAUUUAAAAAUCUAAAAAUUGAAAAAUAAAAAUACAGUAUUCUAUACCAUAGCAUUGCUCUGAUACCAUGUUUAUUUUUAUAUAGAUUGAGAUGUAGAGGAUGUACAGCAAGAGCGCCCAGUCUCCUUAAUUAGCAUGCACACAGUGUAUUCACAUGCAGUAACAGCGACAAUAUGUAAUUUGCGUCCUAUACUUCUAGUUUCUACUUCCAGGUGUCUUUAAACAGUGUUUUAUAGAGAGUAUAGACCCAGGGGAAAAUGUUUUGAAGAAGUAGACAUAAGUCACCAUACUGAUUUUACUGUGUUUUGAGCCAAAAAGAAUAUCAUUCUCUAGGGUGGGUGAGACAAAAAUAUGUAAGCUCUUUGAACCAACUUUUCCUUGUAAACGUUUCAGUAAUAAAACAUAUUUCCAAUCCUUGAUCAAUUUGGCUCUGUAAGAGAAUGCUGAAUAUUUAUAUUUCUAAUAAAAGCUGCAAAGGUAA